AUGAAAACAUGUACUUAUUUUGAUAAAGAUAAAAUAAAGUCCUUAGAUAAAUGGAAAAAUAAAAUAGUUAGUACGAGUGGAUGUUGCUUAUUUGAAUACAGCAACUCAGAACCUUCUAUAAAUGAAACUGACACAGAGUUCCUGUUUGCCUUUCAAACAAAAAUACAAAAAGAGUUAAUGUCAUAUUCUCGAGUAAUAUGCUUGGAUAGUACACAUAGAAUGAAUAAGUAUAGCUAUCAUCUUUUUACAUUUAUUAUACAACAUCCUAUGGCUAGAAGUGGAUAUCCAAUAGCAUUUCUAAUUA